UAGCGUCUGCUGAAAGAUUAGAUGUCGAGUGAAGAGAUCGACCUAACAUUGAGAGGACUAAAAUUCAUUAUAAAUUUGUUUAUUGUAAGUUACCGGUGUAUUUAUUCGACGCUUGAUCGGUGCUUAAGUGUUUAUGUCAUGCCGGGUUGGAAUGGAGAAUGGAGAGUGAGUAAUAAUAUCUAACUCUGCCUGACUCGUCCAUCGUGAUCGUCAUUUUUAGUUUUAUGCAGUUUGGACUAGGGUAGAUCUAGGUGACUUUUGCACCGGCGGCGUUCCUCAGUGCCUAGCGACCCACCAGCUGACCGACGGAGCGGAGCAACCUACCCUGGCCUGGCCUAGCCUGGGCUGAUUUGACAAGAUUUUGGAGAUCAACAAAUCCUAUCAUCAGAGGAGAUGUAACCACCAUCUAUAUUAUGUAUCCAGCCAUCAAGAACAAACCUGUAUAAGAGAUUAACUGCAGCUUAUCCUGGAAAGGAGUCAUCCAUCAGGAGCUGUAUGAAUGCUUUCAUGCAAACCUGCCCAUGUCAUCAAAGAUCAAAUGUUUAUACCAAAAAGUGAUCGAUCAAAGAAUUCAUUACAGCAAACUUGCACACAUGCUAUAAUUAUUUAUUGUCACCAAUUGGGCUUUCAUUCCAUGAUGUUCUUUUGAAAUGAUUACAAAAGUGAAUUUUAAUGGACAGUAUUAAUAACAUGGUGGACGUCCAAAGCUACUGAAUUCUAGUGGUACAAAUGUAUACCAUGUCAUCUUAUAGUCUGAUAAUCUGCAUGUAAUAUAAAUUUGAGCCAAAGGGAGAUGAGAACAAAAAUCAUAUAUGAUGCACUUAUUGCAUUGUUGAGUAUGAGAAAGUGAUCUACAUAAUCUUCCUGAGAUGAAGGAAGAUGAGAGAGGAGGAGGAGGAGGAGGGGAUGGAGAAGUAGGAGAUAGGAUGAGCAGUGGAGUGACAGAAGAGCUGAGUGAUAGUAUAGCAGGGGAGAUGAUACAGAGCAGAGGAAAGGAAGCUGUUUCAAAACCAUCAGCUAAAGAAAGACCCUACUCCUGCAGAAGUACAACAUCCUUGAAAGAUGAAAUAGAACAACUGUCCAACAAGAAGAAGGAGUUGCUCAUGAAAGAUAAAGAACCAGUUGUAUGGAAGCAGAACAUCCAGGAGCAGAUUGAGAAGGAGUUGGAGAGGAGAGUCAGAGAUGCUCUGGAGACUCCGCCCCUGGAGAGGAUGAGGAAAAAUAAACAUAAAGCUCGUCUCAGAAAACAGCAGCAGAAGAAGAAAGAAGAAGAGAAAAAAUCCCUGUCCCUAGAGGAGUGUGAUAGCCAUGCCCAAGCCUUGCCAUCUCUCAAAGAGAAAUUCCCCUGGAACGACGUCAACUCCCCCUUCACCUACUUCGACGACCCCAACAGCCCCACGUGGUUCGAACGCCAGAUCUACAACAACCAGUACAACGACUGCGGCAGCGAAAGCAGCGCCGGGUACCUGGAUGUCAACGGCAACCACAGGACUCAAGAGGAGAGAGAUGCAUCGUCUCGUAAUUCGGCAAGGCCUCGAACUCGAAGUGCGGGUGUCGCGCUGACCAGAGAAAGGCAAAGAAUCGCGGAUGAUAAAGGUGGGGAUACAGACGCGGAAGAGGAUAGAACUAUUGCGGAGAUUAGACGGAAGACCUUCCAUCGCUUCACGAGCGCAGGGUUCAAGGAAGCGAUGAGGAAAGGCAAAGGGAUGCUCAAGAAGAUUGGAGACGGAAAGUAUGUGGAUAAGAACGGAGUGAUUCUUUCAGUGGAUGGCCCUUUCUGGCCUCAGGAGUGCGGACCUCUGUACCCCAAACCUGACCACAUCAAGAAGGUACCGUCUUCUGCAGAACCCCUCUUUGAUAAGGUCCCUCAGGAUGGAAGAACUAUUCACACCCAGAAGACCAAAUGGUACAGACCGUGGGAAGGCACUCAGAAUGUAUUCGACUCAGAGAGGACGACUAAGGGGACCAUUCCACACACGAUACCGGAGGGAUGUUGUCCAAGCUUAGUCUUUGAGUCACGCUUUGAGAGCGGCAACCUUAGACAAGCAAGACGAAUAGGUCAGUUUGAGUACGAUCUUGUUCUAAAGACCGACCUUUACACCAGCCGUCACACCCAAUGGUAUUACUUCCGGGUGCAGAAGAUGCGUCCAGGGGUCACCUAUAAGUUUAACAUCAUCAAUUUACUCAAGAAAGACAGCCUCUACAAUCAUGGUAUGCGACCAUUGAUAUACUCUGAGAAGGAAGCCCAGUCUAGUGGCCAAGGUUGGGUUAGGGCCGGUCAUCACAUCACAUAUUCUAGGGGCUACGGUUUCAACAGAAAUGGCCUCCUCCAUCCUGAAAUUACAUACCAUGUACUGGAAUGGCAAAUGGAGUUCAAGCACGAAGACGACACAUGCUAUCUUGCCCACUGCUACCCCUACACCUUCACUGACCUGUGCCAGCAUCUAGACGACCUGAUGGCCCAGCCGGAGAGACGCAAGACCAUGAGACGAGACGUCCUCUGUGAGAGCAGGGCCGGCAACAGUUGCUUCAUACUCACCGUCUCAAAUUUCAGCGAUCAUCGCCCUAAGAAAGGCAUUGUGGUGACAGCUAGGGUACAUCCUGGUGAAACCAAUGCUAGCUGGAUGAUGAGAGGACUUCUAGACUUCAUCACCAGCUCAGAUCCUGUUGCCAAGGAACUGAGAAAGUGCUACAUCUUCAAGAUCAUCCCCAUGCUCAACCCUGAUGGCGUGAUCGUGGGAAACUAUCGCUGCUCGCUGGCGGGUCGCGACCUGAACCGUAACUAUCGCCAUCCCAAGAAGGAAUCGUUCCCCACUGUGUGGAACACCAAGCAGAUGCUGGCUGACUUUGCUGAGGAAUGUGAGGAGAUCUUGGUGUACUGUGACAUGCAUGGUCACAGUAGAAAACACAACGUCUUCAUCUACGGCUGUGACCCAGACAAACAAGAGCUGGAUAUGGCUGCUUUCCUGUGUCAAAGGUUGUUUCCAUGGUUACUUUCCCAAAAGGCACCAGACAAGUUCUCUUUCCGUGGUUGCAAGUUCCGGGUGAAGCGAUGCAAGGAGGCCACGGGGCGUGUUGUGAUGUGGCGGCAGAUGGGUAUCAGUAACAGCUUCACGUUGGAAGCAACCUUCUGUGGCAGCAAGGACAUUACAAGUCAUGCUCCGAGACACUUCAACCUGCAAGACUUCCAGGACCUUGGGCGCCAUUUCUGUGAGGCUCUCCUGGUAUAUCACCAAGCCCAGGAGAACACAAGUCUUCAUUCUGAGUUGAUUCUAGAGCUGACGAAGGAGAUCACGCAUCACAUCCUCCUCAGCCGUGGUCUGCUGCCCCCAAACAUCCCAUUCCCAGAUCUCUCUUCUCUCAAAGAAGUCAAACAUGGACAAAAGUCCAAGAAGCAGGGCGGGGCCAAGUCAGACCAGGACGGGUCUGAGUGGGCGGGGCUGGACAAGAGGACCAAGUCCAAGCUGGCAGCGCUGAAGGUGAUAGACACGCUGAGCUCCGAGACCAUCCAGGGGUGUAUUGACCUUCUGGCUGACCUUCACAUCAACAAGGAGUUUGCUGAAUCAGACACCAGUGACAGUGACAGUGCAUCAGAGUCUGAACUGCCCAAAGGACAGAACGAUGAAGAUGAGGACAAAGUGAGGAAAAAGAAGAAGAAAAAGAAGCUGAAAGGAAGAUCAAAGAGUGAAGAGGCGGUCCAACCAGAUCCAAGCGCGGAGGAGCAAUCCAAAAAGAAGAGGUUGGUACGCAGACGCAUGUGGCAUAAUCCCACAUUCGUCCAAUCCUGGGUGUCGGAUGCCAUCGAGGAGAAUGCAGAAAAGGCGAUCAAAGUAGACUCGCCGGGCCAGCCAUCGAUCUCUAGAUUACAGACCUUCCGAAUCGGUAAAUGCACACAGGCCCUCAAGAAGCACCCUCCGUUUGUGAACCGCUACGCCAAACGUACCAAUCAUGGCAUCCCCAUGUUUUCUCAAGAGAGGAUACAAGAAAGGGCCAAGCUACGCAUGGAAGCAACCAAGGGUGGUGAUCAGGUCACCGGUGGUGGGGAUGAAGAUACCUUGGACCAGAUGACUCAUGACACGGAAUACGCCAAGCUGAUUGCCCUGAGUAGAGAGAUGCAUCGUCAGAACGAGGAAGUGCGCUACAAACUGAUUAAUCCACCGCCAGAGAGUGCCCUUGAGAAGAGCCUAGCUGGCAUGACCAUCAGGCACACCUAUACACAUGGCAACUCGAUGAUGAGGGGGCCUCCACCGUUCAUGCUGGACUAUGAAAGGUUAGACACGGACGAGAUGGCAGGCAUGAGCGCCCUCCCCAAAACACCCCCCAGGAAGCUGGAUCCCAUGAAGGGGGCACCCAACCCACGUAGCAGCAACGGAGGCCUGAGCAUCAGCAAGGCAGGGGCACUGAACGGCAUCGGCCCUGGGAGUGAGACGGCCAAUGGAUACGCCAUCACCGAUGGUCUCCUUGUCGGGUCAGGGAUGAGGGAUGGGCGUGUCAUGAAUGGGACCGUUAGGCAGAGCGGUGGUGAUGCCAGUAGCCAUAGAACUAAAGGUGGUGCGCACCAUCCCUCGGGAAACCCCAAAAGGACUUCUGAUGAGCAAGCAACCAGCGGGGAUAACUCCAGACUGAUUGUGUUCAGUGGAAAGGACACCAAGCAAACAUCCAACUCUUUCAACUCCUCCUCGUCGACAUCAUGGGCAACCACAAGCAAUGACAAGACCAAAGAUCUGUCAGAGCCCAGCUACCACUCCGCCAACGCCGCCCACGACAAGAACCGACAUCUCAGAAAAACGCUGGGGCGCGAAAGCACCAUGGACCUUAUCCAAAGACAGUAUGGCCGUUUUCUGUCCGGGGUCAAUAUAGGGUCACAGGGCAACACUGCCUCAUCAAACUCCAAAUACCUGGAUAGCAUAGCCAAGUCAGUGCCUAAUGGGAACCUGCUGUCCACGAAGGAGAAAGGAGGAGGAGGAGGAGGUGGGGUUACUAGAUCAGCAAGUUUUGUGAAUGAGAAGAGAAUAGCUCCUCUGAGCAAGAUGGGCGACCAGGCAGCCAUACUGAAACUGGCAGAUGCAAAGAAAAAGACCAAUACUCCAUCUUCAUGACAGUGUUCGACAACGAUGCAAGCCAGCGAUGAAUUCCUCGUACCCUAGCAACCAUUGAUGCAUGCAGUCAACCAAGAGCAAGCACUGAUAGAGUCUACCAAAGAUCUCACUUUCAUGAUGAAGUGGUCGGCCUGUGGAACAACUUGCUGCCAGCAAUAAUACCUCUUGCCCAAGCAGCUACUAAUAUCUACAACCAAAGAUCAAACCCCCCUGAUAGCGUAUUUGUGCUUCAGAACAGUUCUUCAGGCCAAAACUAUUCUUAUCACUCUACCAACCACCGAUGCAGAUCAACAAAAACUAUGUGUCUUAGAGCAUGUGGCUCCGGAACCUUAUUUUUUUUUAUCCCCAAUGAUGAUCAUGAAUUUGAAAAGAAUGUGCAGAAUAUUGUCUCUUUUGUAUAUUUUCACUGACCUCAGUUGGCAAGAACUCAGGACAAGAAAUGUUGAUGUUGCCUUUUUGCUUAUCAUAACUUAUAUGUUGUUAUUGUUGAGUAAAGUCUUUAUACAGUGUGAUGCAAUCAUUGUCUGAGUAUUGAAGAUUUUAUUUUACCUGACUGUUGAGAAAGCAAGUAUGUGAUUGUAGUUAGGUAAACAGGGAGGUUUAUAUGGAGGGGUCAGUGACACAAAGACGUAACUCCAUUUUUGCCCUUUUGAGAAAAAGUGGUUUUGUAUCACUUGGCCUUAAGGAGUUAAGUUUAUGUUUCACUAGCCAUUGACUUCAAUGGGGUGUUGGGUGGAGUUAAGUCUUUGUUUUUCCUGGAAAAGCCCACAUUUUUCUGAACAUUUUGAUUUCAAAUACUAAUUGUUGUCUCUGUGUGUCACUGAACCCUUGAUAUGGCCUCUAUUAAAGUCCCACCUGUAUCAGAGGAACUUGGUAAUCAAGGACAAUUGCCAUACCAAACAACACUAGAGCACCCAUUUGGUAUCGAACCUGGCAACUCGCAAUCAGGAGACCAGUGUUAUACUGCUGAGUCAUUAUUCCUAUUGAAUCAAUGAUGUGAAUAAACAAUAUCUAAAAAUAUUGAUGAUUAAAAAAAUGGUUUGAAUGGUACGAACGGAGUAUUAGAACAAACAUUGGAGUAUAAGAGCGAUGGACAAUGAAAAUAAUACACACAUUUACCCGCCGAGUAUGCUUGAGUAUUAAAGAUGAAGGUAGAUCCAGAAAAUAAAUGAUCCUGGCCAUUUUUUACCAAGUUUGUUAUGCAAUGAGGUACUCAUUUUUUGUGUGAAAUAUUCGUAUGAGUAUUUGUUGUUGUUAAAUCUGAAAUAAGAAACUUGACUAUCCUUGUACAGCCUUGAAUUUAAAUGAACAAAAAUGUUUGUAAAGUAUUAUUUCUGUGUAUAACCAAGCACAGCUGUAUAUAAUGUACAUAAGUUAUAUAUUGUACACAGUCAUCAUGAAGCAACUGUUAAGAUUUGGAGAGAUGUUUUUUGUUGUACAUUUAGAACAAUAUGGUAUUUAUUAGUAUUUAUAGAAAAAGGAAAGUUCAGAACAAAAGUAGCAACCAGAAUUCCUGGGUAUAUUAUA